AUGGGAGGCUCCAAAACAACCUGCAGCAUCAAACAGGCGAUCAGGGUCACAUCGGGAGCGAAAAGGGUCUCGCUGGUCCUCAGUGUUCUCCUGGCAGCUGCCGUCACAGCUCUUGGUGUAACCCUUUAUGAAAUUACUCAAAUCAAGAAGCUUCAAGAGGAAUGUGAGGCAAAACAUCUCACAGAAAUACUCAGUAAGACAGAACCGUGCAAAGUGGAGCAGACAAGUAAACCUCCUCCAGUAAGAUAUGAAGCAUGUCCGAGGUGCGAGGACGGCUGGGAGCCACAUGGAGGAAAGUGCUACUUCUUCUCCUUGUUUACUUUAACCUGGAAUCAGAGUAGAACAGAAUGCAGAUCAAUGAGAGGAGACCUGGUUGUGAUAAACAACAAAGAGGAGCAGAGAUUCCUGGUGUCUAGACUGAGUGAAAAUGGACAACCUUACGACAGGUUCUGA